ACUCUGACAACCCGCGCGUGCACGGUGACGUCGGCAUGGCGGGCGUUGCUAUAGACUCCGUCGAGGACAUGAAGCUGCUAUUCGACGGAAUCCCGCUAGACAAGAUGUCCGUUUCCAUGACGAUGAACGGAGCCGUGCUUCCCGUUCUCGCGUACUUCGUCGUGGCUGCCGAGGAGCAGGGAGUGAAGCAGGAGCAGCUUACGGGAACGAUCCAGAACGACAUCCUGAAGGAGUUCAUGGUGCGGAACACGUACAUCUAUCCCCCGGAGCCUUCCAUGCGAAUCAUCGGCGACAUCUUCUCAUACAGCGCCCACCACAUGCCAAAGUUCAACUCGAUCUCGAUCAGUGGUUAUCACAUACAGGAGGCUGGAGCGGACGCCGCCCUUGAACUGGCCUUCACCAUCGCCGACGGACUCGAGUAUUGUAGGAGGGGUCUGAUGUCUGGACUUAAGAUCGACGAAUUUGCUCCCAGACUUUCUUUCUUCUUUGGCAUUGGAAUGAACUUCUACAUGGAGAUAGCUAAGCUGCGUGCGGCGCGGCGUUUGUGGGCCGUCUACAUCAAGGAGAAGUUUCAUGCUAAGAACACGAAGUCACUGCUGCUGCGUACUCACUGUCAGACGUCGGGAUGGUCACUCACUGAGCAAGACCCGUACAAUAACGUCGUACGUACGGCGGUGGAGGCGAUGGCAGCUGUGUUUGGCGGCACUCAGUCCCUGCACACGAACGCGUUCGACGAGGCGCUGGGUCUUCCCACCGUCCACAGCGCACGCAUCGCUCGUAACACACAGAUCAUAAUACAGGAGGAGUCCGGGAUAACCAAGGUCGCGGACCCGUGGGGCGGAUCGUUCCUCAUGGAGACGCUGACGGAUGAGGUUUACGAAGCGGCGAAGAAGGUCAUUGAUGAGGUCGAGGAGAUGGGAGGCAUGGCGAAAGCUGUCGCCAGCGGCAUGCCUAAGCUGAGGGUGGAGGAGUGUGCGGCGCGGAGGCAGGCCAGGAUAGACAGCAACCACG